UUUUGUCUCUGUUCAAUCAGAACUUGUUAUUUUCUCUCUCUUCCUUGGAUCCUCAGUUCCAAAUCGAGCUUCCAUUUCUGUGGACAGAGAUGGCUGGAGGUGUUAUUCAGCAGUUAUUGAGGAGGAAACUCCAAUGUUAUUCUCCUAAUCCUUCUUUUAUAUCGUCCAUUAUCACAAAGAAAGAUGGUACUGACUCUACUGGCAGCAGCUCCUUAAGAGCGCUUGCAUUAAUUGGAGCUGGUGUCUCAGGCUUUUUGGGUUUUGUGACAACAGCAUCAGCUGAUGAAGCUGAGCAUGGCCUGGCAUGUCCAAGCUAUCCAUGGCCUCACAAGGGCAUCCUCAGUUCAUAUGAUCAUGCUUCGAUUCGUCGUGGUCAUCAAGUUUAUCAACAAGUCUGUGCUUCCUGUCAUUCUAUGUCUUUGAUAUCAUACCGUGAUUUGGUUGGUGUUGCUUAUACAGAAGAAGAGGUAAAGGCUAUGGCCGCUGAGAUUGAGGUGGUAGAUGGUCCUAAUGAUGAGGGUGAGAUGUUUACACGGCCUGGUAAACUCAGUGAUCGCUUUCCUCAGCCUUAUUCCAACGAAGCAGCUGCUAGGUUUGCUAAUGGUGGAGCCUAUCCUCCAGAUCUAAGUCUUAUUACUAAAGCUCGUCACAGUGGUCAGAACUAUGUGUUUGCCCUUCUAACCGGUUAUCGUGAUCCCCCAGCUGGUGUUUCGAUUAGAGAAGGACUACACUAUAAUCCUUAUUUUCCUGGCGGAGCCAUUGCCAUGCCUAAAAUGCUUAAUGAUGGUGCUGUUGAAUAUGAAGAUGGUACCCCUGCUACAGAAGCUCAGAUGGGGAAAGAUGUUGUGUCAUUCUUAUCUUGGGCUGCCGAGCCUGAGAUGGAAGAGAGAAAACUGAUGGGAUUUAAAUGGAUAUUUGUACUAUCAUUGGCAUUACUUCAAGCUGCCUAUUACCGUCGCCUUCGGUGGUCUGUUCUAAAGUCUCGCAAGCUGGUUCUUGAUGUUGUCAACUAGCCACCUUCCAAGUAUCAUUUGCAACUUCAGGAAAUAUUUAUUGUUGGCAAUAAUUUUGUCAGAUGAUUAAGUUAUCUCAUCAUGUCAAAUUCGUUGAUGGAGUAACUUGAAGCGUGUUCUAUUUUUGUUUGAGAUAGAAAUAAAGCUGAUCCAUAUAUGUGAGAUAUGUUACUUUUAUCAUUUUUUCAACCCGUUCUCAGAUCUGUAUUGUUCCAUUCUGCGGGACCCCUGUACUUCUAUUUUGAUUCAAUCUGGAUUUUGAUGGUAAUUGACCUGUGACGGGUUUAUUUUGGUUAUCUUAAAAGAAAGAGAAAA